UUUUUUAAUCUCUCUGUCGCUCUACCUCACAAACACGAAACUCUCUGCCUUUCCUUUUCUUAUCUUCCCCGCUUCGCCAUUUUUUUUUUCUCUUCUGUUCUCUCAUCAGUCGUCAAAUCCCAAAUCUCUAAGAAUGGCGACGGCUCAGUUUCAACUCAGCGGACGCAAACCUCUCCAACCAAAGAAUUUUGCGGCUAUCGGCGACGACAACAUUGUGGUAGUGAGCAAGGAAGGCUCAAAGAUUAAGCAAACAAAGUCAAAGCCAAGCAAGGUCAAGAACGGAUGGGUGGAGAUCUGGGUGGCGGACGAUUCCAACAAGGAGAACCAUGCAUCACAUUCCCGCGUACGCUACGCCUACGCCCGCGAAGAAGAUUGAGGUGUUGGAUUUGGAUUCGUCGUUGGCGGAGGAGCUCAGCGCCUUCAGGAAGAAGCUGGAGCGGCUGAGGUUGGAUAAGGAGAAGACGGAAAGGAUGUUGAAAGAGAGGGAUGCUGUGCUGCAUUUCCAAAUGAAGGAGCUGGGAGACAGAGGUCAGAUUCAGAAACAGCUCGAAAUCGAGGUUGAUAGGUUGUUCAGAUUAAAGGAGCUCAAAUCUUAUUGCAUGAGGAUAUCUCCAAUAAAAUCUCUGAGGGAGAGACAACAGGAUGACAAGAAGAUUAAUGGAGGGCAAUUGCAUUCGCUGGAAAUAAAAGCUGAAGAUUCAGAGGAGGAAUCCGUGGAUGAAAACACGUUGCAGAGUCCAACCCCAUCAGAUUCUUCUGAAUUUCAUAUAGAGAAUAUUGAUGAUUAAAAAUCAUGUCCAAAGAGCUUUCUCUUUUUGCUUUUGUGUUUCUUCGUUAUUUGAGGGAGAGGACUGAUUGAUGGAUCUCCUGUUUCGUUUUGAAAGGAAAUAGAAUAUAAUAUCUCAUUAUGGUAA